ACUCCCUAACUCUGCUGAAGUGUGAAGGAAGGGUCCUUGACACCAAGAUUUUAAAAGCCCCACUUUCAGAAUGAGAUUGGAAAGCUCAAAGGGACUCCGAAGUCUGGCGGCAACAACCUUCGCUCUUUUCCUGGUGUUUUCUUUCCUGGGAAAGGCUAGCAGUGCGCCCCAGAGGCUCCUUGAGAGAAGGAACUGGACUCCUCAGGCUAUGCUUUACCUGAAGGGCGCACAGGGUCGCCGCUUCAUCUCCGACCAGAGUCGGAGGAAGGACCUCUCCGAACGACUGCCGCCGGAAAGACGAAGUCCGAAUGCCCUACUUCUAACUCUUCCAGAGGCCGCAGCUCUGCUGUUGGCUUCCUUGCAGAAGCCACAAGAAGCUGGAGAAGAAAACUUUGAUCAAACCAGGUUCCUGGAUCACAGUCUGCGAAACUGGUGAAAAUACCCCAAAUUGUAUCCAGUUACAGUUCUAUUCUUGUUGAAGACACGGACCAUGUGGAUAAACCUGUGGACCCUUUUUACUUCAUUUGUGGUCUUAGGGAUAUGUACAACUUGCUAGUUGUAUUCUUCUAGAAACAAAAGUUAGGUGGAGUUCUUAGCCGAGGAUAUUAUUACCUUUAUUUUUUAAAAUAUUCAGGUCCUGUUUAGAUCAUCUUCUGUCUUACUCGUGAAUUUUUUUCACAUUUACAAUUAAGACCCAAGAUUGUUUGUAGUGUUCUUUUUGUUACAACAAAUAGCCAUCCCCAUCUAAUUGUUAUUAGUUGUUGGUUUUCUCAUUCUGUUACCCACUUGUCACUCAGCAGGGAAUCUCUUCCUUUUCCACCUCCAAGGAUGGUGAGGGGAAAAACAGGGCAGGAUAAGAAAGAGUAGAUUGUAAUUUGCCUUUUAGGUUCCAUCCAGGAGUAAGUUGUUAUGAAGGGAGUGGAGAGAGGGGUAGGGAAGCAGCCCUGUGAUUAGAAGACUUCAGUGCAGCAGCUAAGAGAGGGCUCUUCGGUGAGGCUGGAGCAGGUCGUAGGUUCCACAGCUUGGACCUCCCCCUUGUACUCUCUGGGAUCUCCCUGAAUUCAGUUAGAAACAGGGAACUGAAAGGUACUGACAGAGAAGCAAAUGAGACACACUCUGAUCUUCUGUACAUUGUAUAGAAAGAACAAACUGGCUCUUUAGAGGUAACCCAUUUUCCAUGGCUAAACAGACUCAAAGACUGCUUGCUCUAAUCAACUAGAACUCUAGGCUUUAUGUGACAUUACAUAAAGGCACUCUGAUAAUGUAAGCGUGUGGAAACAUGCCUAAUUUGCUCCUUUUUAAAGUCAUCCUGGGUUCAUUACUAUCUGAAAAAUAUAUACACACACGUAUACCUAUUGUACAACAAACAUGGUAAUAUAUUUAUUUGUAAUUACAAUAUAACCAUCAUGUUCAUUGUCUUAAUUGAAGGUUGUUAUUGAUAAAUGUCAUAAGUAAAAAGUAUUGUUAAUUCUUACUGUCCUCAGUAUAUAGCCAUCAUUCAGUAGCUGAACAAUAUCCUUAUGUGCAUGUCUCUGUAACUUAGAAUUACAAUUUUACUGUGUUACGUAAUCAAAACCCUGCUUAUAUGGUUUGUCUGUAUCUUGUUUCAUAGUUGAAUACUGAAAUUAUAUUCAAGUUCAUGUAACAUUGAUCUCUGCCCCCAAAUG